UUCUUUGAAACACGCACAAUUUCCUUAAAACCAAAUAUUAUUAAUUAAUUAACCAAGAGCUAGUAGGUGAGUUUGGUAUGCUCCUAUUAAUUUUGUUAUUAGCUCCCGAUCAUAAAAUUGGUUCUUAGGUAUAUCUAGAACAUAUUGGUUAUGAAAAAACCAUAAACAAUGUAAAGUAGGUCAUCCGACAAUACCAGUCUCCUUGACGUUUUCACCAUUUCGUCCUAUAAUUAAACCAAAGCGAAGAGCAAUAAUAACACAAACUAUGGGGUAUACAAGUAUCUACGCGAUCACAUUUGUAGCCCUCGUGGGGGCUCUACUGGGCGUAUCAAAAGCACAGCCGAGCGGGUCAUGCGUGAGCACACUAACCACCCUUUCUCCGUGCCUAGGCUAUAUCACCGGAAACUCAACCACUCCCUCACAGACUUGCUGCUCUCAGCUCGACUCUGUCAUCAAAUCUUCGCCGCAGUGCAUCUGCUCUGCCGUCAACAGUCCGAUCCCUAACAUCGGCCUUAACAUUAAUCGCACACAGGCCUUGCAGCUCCCAAAGGCCUGCAACAUUCAGGCGCCUCCUCUCUCACAAUGCAAUGUGGCCACUGGGCCGACAACACCUCUUGGCGCACUUUCACCGGUGGAGUCACCGGCGGACAAGAACCCUGGCGUGGCACUAACCCCAACCUCAUCACCAGGUGCUCGUUCAGGAGUCGUAGUCGGAGCCAGAGGUGGUUCCAAGACUAUUCCUUCCACUGGAGCUGGCUCAUCCUCUGGGAGCGUCGACCGUGUGCCACCACGUUUGUUCAUGUAUGCUAUAUUUGUAGUUUGGACCUACUCUCUUCUUUAUCAGUUCUGAGAGUUAUGUAUUUGAGAAUUUGAUUUUCACGUUUACUAUUUUAUUCGGUUGCAUGGUGUACCAGAUUUAUAUGUGAGUUUUACUACUUCAAAGAAGAAAAUGAUUUAUCUGACCU